UAGAGUCUACACCCUCCGGUGGUACAGCACACGGAGUAGAAAGGUACAACCCGGAGAAGCGUGAAGUGUUAGCCCAAAAGAGCAGUUUCUUUAGGGUUUUUUGUCGACAGGGACGAGCAGCCAUUGCUAGAAAUUUAUACUCUUUCACUGAAAAUGGAUAAACCAAACCCUCCUUCACCCCUACCAGAAGAGCCGGCUCCAAAGAAGCAGAAGAUGUCCACCACCACAACCUCUGACGAUGAAGAAUUUGACCCGGCCGUCGCCGCCGCAGACGGCAGUGCUCCACCGGAGAGGAAACCCAAGUACAAGCGUCGCAAAAUCGCGAUCUUCUUCGCGUACUGCGGGGUGGGGUAUCAGGGCAUGCAGAAGAAUCCCGGAGCCAAAACGAUCGAAGGCGACCUCGAAGAAGCGCUCUUCCACGCCGGCGCGGUGCCGGAGCAAGAUAGGGGCCAGCCCAGGCGGUAUGACUGGGCGCGCUCCGCCCGGACCGAUAAGGGCGUCAGCGCAGUGGGGCAAGUCGUUUCGGGUCGGUUUUACAUUGAUCCUCCUGGCUUGGUCGAUCGCCUCAACUCGAACCUCGCUUCCCAGAUUCGUAUCUUCGGUUACAAGCGGACGACGGCGUCGUUUAAUGCUAAGAAGUUCUGUGAUCGGCGGAGGUAUGUGUACUUAAUCCCUGUUUUUGCUCUCGACCCAUCUGCUCAUCGCGAUAGGGAAAGUGUUCUUGCUAGCUUAGGAUCUGGAAAUGAGCUCGUUAAGUGUUUGGAAUGCUCAGAAAGAGGGCGUAAAGUUUUCGGAAUCAUGGGUAAACGCAGUUUCGAUUCAAAGAGUGAACCAAUUGUUGUUUCAUCCGGUUCAGGCAUUUCGUCGAACACUGGAGACUCUCAAAACCAGCAGGAAAACAUGAACAACUCCAUACAUUCCGGUUCAGGCAUUUUGUCGAACACUGGACACUCUCAAAACCAGCAGGAAAACAUGAAGAACUCCAUACAUUCUGUAGAGAAUGGCGAUGAUGAGAGCAACCCAAAUUCUGAAAUUGAGAAACAAGUAGGAAAUGAAACCUCCCAAAAUGAGAAAAAUGAGGUUACAAACAUGGAAGUUGAGGAAGCUAUAGUCCCAAACAAGAUUUUUUCUUAUGGUGAUGAGGAGAAAGAUAGGUUUAACAGAAUUCUCAAGUACUACGAGGGAACUCACAAUUUUCACAACUUCACAACAAGAACAAAAGCCGAGGACCCGGCUGCAAAGCGAUACAUAAUCUCCUUUACUGCAAACACAGUAGUUGAAGUGGAAGGCAUUAACUUUGUUAAGUGUGAGGUUGUUGGACAAAGCUUCAUGCUUCAUCAGAUUCGUAAAAUGAUUGGUCUCGCGGUGGCAAUCAUGAGGAAUUAUGCUCCCGAAUCAUUGAUUCAAACCGCCUUCAGUAAGGAUGUUAAUAUUAAUGUGCCCAUGGCUCCUGAGGUUGGGUUAUAUUUGGACGAAUGCUUCUUUUCGUCGUAUAACAAAAAGUGGACAGAUCACGAAGAAUUGUCAAUGAAAGCUUAUGCGGAUAUAGCAGAGGAUUUCAAAAUGAAGUAUAUAUAUUCUCAUAUUGCAUCAACAGAGCACAAGGAAGGAGUCAUGGGUCUAUGGCUACAUUCUCUGAAUUACCGUAAUUACCCUGAUCUACGUUUUUCAAACUGUGAUGAAACUACAGAUGCAAAAAGCAUACCUGAUUCUCGCACUGUCAACAAUGGUGAGGCUCUGGAUGCAGAAACUGUGGAAUCUGCAAGUGCCAAAACAAUUGAAACUGUGAAGAACGAUGAAUCUACAAUUGCCAAAACUACUGAAAGUAAUGACAUGGAUCCAUCGUGUGCCAUGAGUGAAGCUGAUGCAAAAACUGUCGAAGCUGCAGACAAUGCUGAUUCAUGUCCUGGGAAGAACGACAAAUCUGCAAGUACCAAAACUACUGAGGUUGAUGCUCUGGAUGCAAAAACUGUCGAAGAUGCAGGCAAUGCUGAUUCGUGCCCUGGGAAGAACGACGAAACUGCAACUGCCCUUUGAGGUUGAUGCUCCGGAUGCAAAAACUGUGGAAGCUGCAGAGAAUACUGAUUCGUGUCCUGGGAAGAACGACGAAUCUGCAAGUGCCAAAACCUACUUAAAGUAAUGACAUGACAUAUGUGAAAAGUGUUGCAGUUGAGGGCAUGGCUGAGUGAGAAGACUGAAGACAUAUGCCUCAAAAUUUUCCAUUUGAUUUGAUAGUUCUUAGUAUUUUGCUUCUUGAAGAUUUGCAUGUGAAGCAAACUUAGAUAUAACUUUCUUUGAUAGAACUCAUAGAAGUGAAGAAGAGAUUUCAGUGAUGGGUAUUUUUUGUUUUUAAUUUCUGUGUUUUGAUUUGGAUAAA